AUGAUAGAUCCGACACAAUCCGGGGCAUUGGNAAUCGAUCUGUUGCAGAAACACAAGUCAUUGGACGCCAUUCUGUCCAAAUUGGAUCGAACCAAAUACCCAGUCCCCGAAGAUUGGCCGUACGCGGAGGCAAAGAAAUUGUUUCUCAAUCCGGAUGUGGCUGAUCCGGACACAAUCGAGAUCAAAUGGAACGAACCAGACGAGGACGGUUUGGUCGAAUUUAUGUGCAAUAAACACGGCUUCAAGUCAGUUCAAUUUUUUCACUUUGUGCAUAAUUUUGUGACAAUUGUCAAUUGUGGUUGGGAUGUAGCGAAUGGAUUGUGA